AUGUCACUUGGACCUUUAAUAUCACAAAUUGUCCAAGCUUUGACAAGUGUCAUAGGCUCAAUUCUUGUUGCAAAAUCAAUAGGUCAAAUAGGUGUUGAAGUAUAUGGUGCGGUAUACACUGUUGAGUUCUUUGCUGUUGCCAUUGCUCAGUUCCUUUCAGCCGGACUCAGUGUUCGGCUCAGUUAUCUUUAUGGAGCUCAAGAGCUAGAAAGUACAGAUCAAUUAUUUGUUGAUUUCUUGCGUCUAAGCGUAAUAUUAGGAAUUAUAACCCCUUGCAUUGUUCUACCAGUUACUAAACCUGUUAUUAGGUGGUUUGGAGCUGAUGAACUGACCGCAGAAUUAUCUCUUCAGUAUAUGUCUCCGAUCACAGGAGCUUGCCUAUUUAAUAUUAUUUUCUUAGUUUCAUCCGGCGUUAUAUUGGCGGAUGGAAAAUCUGUUACAUAUGCUAUAUUCCAAGUUGCCUCAUUUGUUUUAAACAUCGGAGUUUUUUCACCGAUUCUCUUACUUGGUAUCAAGACACCAAUUUGGGGAGCAUCGCUUGCAACGAUUCUUUCCCAAGCUAUUCCAGGCAUAUUUAUAACAGUAAUGAUUUUCAAAGGCAAAUUUAGACUUCACCCCACUAUUAACAUGUUUUGGAAGCCAUUCUGUGUCGAAACAAAACAUGCACUUAAGAUAGGCUUUUCAACACUCAUAUCUCAGAUCUCUCUAACAUUACCUUUCUUAUUAAUGCAGAAAUAUGCUAAUAAUGCUGCAAUGGCAAUCGGACAAUACGGAAAUGCAGUUGCAGUUUGGGCAGUCGUUGAAAAGCUAUAUCUUAUCAUUGGCGGAAUUUGCAUUGGAUUCUCAACUGGAUUUUUGAACCCAGGAUCUUAUGCAUUUGGUGCUAAGAACUACAAGAGAUUCUUUAAGCUUAUGAUUCAUGGUAUUUGGCUUUGCACAGCUAGUUGCUUAGUAAUUUCAGUUGUUAUUAUUUCUGUUCCUGUCCAAAUCUCCAAACUAUGGUCACAAUCCGAGUCAUUCUUAGAAAUGUCUAAGAAGAUCACGCCAAUCCUUUAUUUCACAGCUUUUACACUUGGUAUGCAGUACAUGGUUCCUGUUGUCUUGCAAGCAUCAAAGAAGAUCUUUGCAUCAUCAACAUUAUCUGUUCUUACAUUAGUUCUUCCUGUUCCAAUCUUCAGUACAAUUCUUUACUUCACAGGAGAUGGAAAAAUGAAUCCUCAAAGAAUAUUUUACACAUACACGUGUAAUGAUUCUUAUUCAUUUAUUGUUUGCACACUCUUCUUCAUUAGUCCACUCAAGAAGAUGAUCAAGGCCAUGAAAACAGGAUCAUUUGAAGAUGAAGAAGAUCUUAAGAAUGAAAUUGAUAAUGAAGAAGAAUCUGUUGAAAACAUGGAUGAACAAGAACGUCCUGCUACGGAAAUUUAA